UGCGAAGCACCUAUUUGACAUGAUCAAACACUCGAUAGACUCAAAUAUCGCUGCAGAAGGACCUCAAACUCAACACGUGGAAAUCGAUCCCGUCAUAAAGACGCCAAAGAGCACAAGGUCAGAAGUACAAGCGCCCACUCAUGCCAAGAGUUUAGAGACGGUGGGAAAUAACUUUCGGUUACUGCCAAGCACCAAGGUACACAUAUUUGACGCUUGACUCGCACCUUAGCAACAGCCAUCCAACUUGCAAGAAGUAGUCAUGUCAGUAUUCGAAACUCCUAUUUGCAUCCCCGAUCUCACUGAUCAAAUAAUCAAAGACUCAGACACACCGGCUGCAGUGGGCGGCUAUGCGACAAUCUUCAAGUGCAGCUGGAAUUCGCCUUCUGAAUCUUCUCCAGUUGCGGUUCAGGUCGUCAAGGUUCGGCAUGACUCCGACCUUGCCUCACUCAGCAUUAAAAGCGAGGAAUGGAGACAAGAAAUCAAAGUAUGGGGGCGACUUCAAAGCGAACAUAUUUUGCCUUUACUCGGGCUCAUUUACGGAUACGGCCCUUUACCUGGCCUUGUAUCACCUUGGAUCGGCAAUGGAAACUUGAUCCAAUUAUUAACUAGACAUCACAAUAUCCUGACGCGCCAUGAGCGAUUUCGCCUGGUGGGUGAUUUAGCUUACGAUUUCACCAUAUCUAAAACCAAAGUUGGUUAGUUGCAAGAUAUUGCAUCAGCGCUACAGUAUUGUAUGUCUGCUUGUCUACG